UGCGAUCAAGGAAGUUACGGCGGCUCGCCAAUCUGCCGCUGCUGUAGUCAUCGUUUUCGGUUUCGGACAUUAGCUCGCUGGACAAAGGGUUUUCGAGGAAACAUGACACCGAAGCUGCGCACCUACGCGUUCAUUGGUCUGUGCUUAACUCUGACUACCUUCUUGCUCAACUAUUCGGAGUGUGUGAACGACGGCGCCGUCGAUGUGAGCGCUACAACCUGCGAAGACCACAUCGUCCGUCCCAAGGUGAACGUCACGCUCUUUUACGAGUCACUGUGUCCCUACAGUAAGGCCUUCAUCACGACGCAGUUGUAUCCUACGUACACCAAACUGCAGGAAUAUUUGAGUGUCACAGUUGUGCCUUUCGGAAAUGGUAAUAUCAAUGAAAAGACCUUACGGAGUAAACAGACUUACUACUCGGUCACCUGCCAGCACGGACAAAACGAAUGCAAGGGCAACACAAUCCAGGCCUGCGCCGUUAAGUACUGCCACACGACUCAAGCGUGGUUGUCCCUGAUUGCGUGCAUGUCAGUGUUCUACGACCCUUACAACCAAGGCAAGAAUUGCGCUGACAAGCUUAACUUGACGUUGGAGUGGUCGCUUGUGACUGACUGCGUCACGAAGGAAGGCGAACAGAUAUUGCUGGAGAUGGGCAGGCGAACUCAGAAACAAAUUCCUCAUGUGACCCAUGUGCCGUAUGUAGUCAUUGGUGGCGUCUACAAUAGACUGUCCGAAACUCAAGCUGUGAAGAACCUCUUCCAACUCGCUUGCAACAUGCUCGGCGAACACAAACCUCCCAUAUGCAAGGCCGAAUGAUGCAGUUAGCCGCUGUGGAAAUUGUUGCUGCUGUAGAAGUAAUUUAUUUGGCUGAAAACAGAGAAUGUUGGCUAAUAUAAAAGUGUGAGAUACUCACUAGCUGUGUAUUUGUCGUCCGUUGUUUAUUUGGGAUAUCUGUAAAAAUUUAUAGUUUUUUUUAAAUAUUUUGUUUGUUUUUAAUUAUGUAUGUUUGGUAACUUACUUGGGCUUGGUUGAGCCUUUAACAUUUCACUUGCUAUGAUGGAAAAUUCAGUAAUUGUUUUCGGUGUUGCAUGAAAUAUAGACGGACUCAUUCGCCAAUUUUAUGUGGUUAUUAAUUCUAUUAUUUUUGUUUUAAACAUUGUUGUUGGAAUUCGGUUAGAAAGAAAUGCAGGGUGAAUAAACAUUUACGUUGGACACAUUUGGUGCUCCAAUUUACCA